AUGAAUGGCGGUUUGACUCUGCGUCUGGCACGUGAGGGAAGUAUCAAGAAUCUUACCAUGGCGGUUUUGUUGGAGACGGAUGUGGGGGACAUGGUGAUAGAUCUCGAUGUCGAAGGUUCCCCGGAGUUAAGUCGGAAUCUCUUAAAGUUGUGCAAGGCACGAUACUAUACAAAAACUUUGAUUUACAACGUCAAUUCGCGCUUUUGUCAAGCGGGUGAUCCGAUCGGUGACGGCACCGGUGGUGGGUGCAUGUAUGGUCUCCUGGAUCAGCAUUCUUCAUCACCCUUGGCGGAUAUUAGACAAUCGCAACGACGAUUUUUGAAAGGGAAGGGACGCAAGUUGAGUGCUUCGGAAUGUCGAGAAAAAGGAAGGGUGGUUGCGACGGAAUUAAAUGGGGUGCCCGACACAAUCGGAUCUCAGUUUCUGAUCACUCUCGAAUCCGGAGAGGGCCGUGCACUUGAUGGAUACGUUAGAUCAUCAAUCGUCUCAGACGAGGCCUCGAAGGAGUCUGGAAAAUCGGUCUCUUCGUUCCUUUCGCUUGGCACGGUUACAGAGGACGUUGAUGGUGCGCUGGACAAAAUCGCAGCUUCAUACUGCGAUCCCGACGGUCGUCCCUAUGCCGAUAUUCGUAUCAUUCGAGCCCUCGUAAUCCACGAUCCCUUCGACGAUCCCGAAGGUAUGGACGAGCUGCUGGCAAAACGUGAUGUUGUGGUUCAUGCGGAAAGCGGACGCGUAACGUCGUCCCCGUCGCCUGAACGACCUGUGGAAGAAGCGGUUGCGGUUCGGAUUCCCAUCAGUCAGAUAGAACCAGACGAGGAGGGUUUAACAGAAGUGGAGCUCCGUCGUCGUGAGGAACAAGCUCAAAAACAAGAAGACCGGGGCCGUGCGGUUGUCCUCGAAAUGCUAGGUGAUUUGCCCGACGCCGACAUUAAAGCCCCCGAAAAUGUGUUGUUUAUUUGCAAGCUCAACCCCAUCACUCAAGACGAAGAUCUGGAACUCAUCUUCAGUCGAUUCGAUCCUACAGUGAAAGUAGAAAUUAUUCGAGACCAAAGCACGGGUAAGUCUUUGCAAUAUGCUUUCGCCGAGUUUGAGGAAAAACAGCAGGCCGUGGAGGCUUAUUUCAAAAUGAACAACGCACUGGUGGAUGAUCGCCGUAUAAAGGUUGAUUUCAGUCAAUCAGUGUCGAAGAUUUGGAACAAAUACACGCAAAAAAUGCGCAUGCCGACUGGUGGUCCGGGCGGGACUUUUCAAAACAGUGCAAGCACGGGACCCGGUGUCUCGAGAGGGCGGGGUGGAAGGCAUUCGUGCCAAGGUGGCAACUGGCAAGUUCGCAAUGAUGAUCGACAUCGUCCUUCGGAAAGGUCGGAUAUGCGCAGCUACUAUGGAAGUCCCAAUCGAUCGAAUGAUGACCGUCACCGGGAUAGCCGUCGGAGCGCCGACGCACGCAAGAUGGACUGGCAACGAGACCACCGAGAUAAAAGGGAGCGCCAGAGAAGCGACGACCCUUCCAGUCAUUCGAAAGGGGAUAGGAACGGAUCUAGGCACCGAGGCAGGGCGGGAGACGGUGAUAGACGCAAGCGUGAUGAACGGACCCACGAAGACCGAGAAAAUGAUCGCGAACGUCACUACCAUACGGAAAGAGAUGCUGGUCGCAUCGAUGAUGGCCGGAGUCACAGUGUUAGGCGUGAAUAUGACCGUGUAGAGCGAAAAAGGAAGGAUCGUACCGGUUAUGACGACAAUUAUCACAGACGAAGCAAGUCUAGCCACCGACACCGAGACGAAGGACACAAGGAGAGGAGGCGGGAUAAGGAAAGAAGCUACUCUGGUGAGGACUCGCAUAGAAAAAGCGAGCAUCGGGAUCGAGACCAUGAGAGGAGCCGUCGCGAUAGCAAAAGAAAGAGAAGGAGUCGGAGCUAA